UGUUAACAACCACUACCGUGCGGCGCGCGCCGCGGCAGGCCGCAAGCCGCGCGGAAAUUUGACGAUGACGAAAAAACUCAUAGGAUGACACGCAUGACAUGGUGGCAAGUUGAUGCACGGCCAACACGAAGUCAUUGAUGACGAAAUACCAACAGCAGAUUGACACUGUGACAUUUGCAAGAAUCCAUUGAUAUCGGGACCCCAGUGCCAUGUCAAAACCAAAGGAACAUGUUCCAUCCUCACAGCCCAUGGAUAAACCUAGAAAUGUCAAAGGCAAGAAUACUGCAUCUAUGUCAAGGAGAUCUGCUGAGGCUAACCCAUUGGCACAACCAGUCUAUCACUCCACAGUGGCUCUCGGCCAUCAACUCAAUAACUUCCAAAGGAUGGAGUUUGAUGCUGAAGGUACAGUGCUUAAGGCACUGGAGGAAUCAGAGAUGGCUAGGCUCAACUUUGCCGAGAAAGUUGCCGAAGCUGUGAACGUCCCCAAGAAAGAGACUAAAUAUUCAGGCCUGAUCAGUGUUGAUGUGCCUGUGGAAGCAACCAUUGCUCGAGAAGUUGAGGAUCGUAUGGCUAGACUGAAAACGAGCCACAAACAGGUCUCACACAAACCUUGCAAGGCAUCAGAAGUGCCAUCUCCCAACAUAAUGAAUGCCUUCCCCCCUGAUGGUCUGAUUGUGGAAGAACCCAUCAUGGAUGUACCAGCAUUGACCUCCCAACAAGUCCAACCAAAACCCUGUUCUCCUGAGGUAGCCUUUGACCUGUACAGGCACAUACUGUGUUGGGAUUCCUAGGUGGUACCAUAGUAUGGAAUGCCAAAUGUACCAAAAUAUGAUGUUACUCUGUGAAAGUAGUUUGAUCAUGUCCUCAGUCUAUUAUGUGAAGUUCUCAAUCCAUUAUGUAAAGUUCUCAAUCUAUUAUGUG